UAUCCUAAUACCCUUUUCAUAUGGAGAAUCUGCUUCCCCAGAAAGGAGGUAUGUGAAGAGUCUUUGUUCUCUGGGAUUGAGAUGGUGAGUGUGGGAGUCAGCACAGGGCCCUGCCAUGCUAGGUGGGAGGUAGAGACAGAUGAAGUUGUUCUACAGCGGCGGCAAAAACAGAUAGAUUAUGGCAAGCGCACACCUGGUUACCAGUGUUUCCUGCAGCAGGUCCCCAAGGCAAAGCGACAGCCAGGACUUCACCCUCAAACACCAAAUAAGAACAGGAGGUACAGCCGUCGCUCGUGGGAUGCCCAAAUCAGGCAGUGGAGAAGAGCUCUACAUUCUUGGGACCCCCCUAACCAGCCUCUGCAGGGCAGGGGGGCUGAGGGGCAGGGGAUGGAGCAUCUCUUAGAGCCAAUGGGUUCCACCCCUUUGGAUGACCUUUUGGAUGACUGGUUCCAGGCCCUGGAACCCUCAACGAAUCUGGAUGGGGACCAGAAGGGAGCCCAGUUUGCAGACUUGGUGGCUCCUGCCUACUCCCUCCCCUGGCUCUGUGAGGAAGAUCCCCACCACUGGUGCUACUUUGUAGCUGACAGUUACAUAUCUGUCCUAGACUUGAGUGGGGCACAAAAUAUUUAGAGAAAACAGACGUCUUUCAAGGGACUUGCUGCUAAGUUGUAAUAGUGUAAUAGUUGUAAUAGUGAAGAUUAUUUGCAUUACUGCUACUUCCCAAUCGAUUAAAAAAGAAAUCUAAAACUCCUGUACAAAAAGAUGGCAACACGAA